AUGGCAGAAGCUCUUGAACUCUGGGAGGCCUUUCUGCUCUCUUGGCCUAGCAACUUGGCGGUGGUGUCUCAGUUGACUUCCUCGAGCGAGGGUGCCAGACCUCGGAUGGUUAGAGACUUGUUGGGACAUAAGGCUCCCUCUACUCUUAUUAAGAGGUACCGGGCCCUUCGCGGGUAUUUUGAUGACUUGAGCAACUUUCGUUUGGCUUUCCCUGGCAACGAGUCUGACUGCUACGGUUACCUCUGCCAUUUGCAGGACAAAGGGAAAGCCGCCUCAGCUCGAAAAGGGGUUAUCGAAGCCUUAGCCUUUGCCAGGUUUGUCAUAGGCGUGGUGGAGGUCGGCACUGUGAAUGAAAGCCGUAGAUGCCACGGUAAUGCUAAAGUUGUGUCGAACCGUGAUCGUGAGCAGGCUUCGGCCCUUAAAGUCGCAGAGUUGCAUCGCCUUCAUCAAGCACUUGAACAUGACCCUUCUUUGUGGAACAAGGUCUUCUCCGGUCGCUCGCUCAUGUGCACUUCUGGUCGCUCCAGGUGGGAGGAUCUCAUGCAUACGGAGAGGAUUCUUUGGGACUAUGAUUCGGAAGGGAAGCUUGCCUUCAUCGAGUGUUCCGUGGAUAUCCACAAAACAAGAAAUGCCAAGCAGUUCAAGGGUACUCUUUUGCCAUUCGUCGCCCCGGCCUUGGGAGUGGUGGAUGCAAAUUGGGGUGCCUUGUGGUUGCAGGCUAGAAGGGAUCUUGGCCUGAAGGACCCGCAGGAUGGUGGUGCGAUGAUGCCAGCUCCGGAUGCAAACAUGCAGAUCACAGAUCGUAGCCUUGAGCGACGAAGCAGGCGGUUUCGAUUAGACAUGUCCACCAUCAUCGAGAGCGAGGCUGCUUUCGAGAAAAGGUGCUUGGAGCUCAAGAGUGAUGGGUCGCUCUUGGCGGGUAUGUCUGGGCAAGGCUUAAAGAGUUACAGAUCCCUUGCCUUUGCGUUGGGCACACCUCAGACUGCUCCUAACGAUGCCGCUUAUGAAGGGCUGGCCGCAAAAAUUUAUGCGACUUCAACUCCUAGCCUGGGAGAUUUGGCCACAGUUCGUCAGUUGCACUUCGAGGCAACUACUCUUGUCAUUCAAACCUACAAAGAGUUGGUGCACCAAGAAUCGGCUGAGUCUACCAUGCGUAAGCUCCCGCUUCCAGAGAAGCGUGCAAGGAGAGACAGCCAAAUCAAGAGGUUGGCGGGCCUCAGCAUAGAAGGGGAACUGGAUCCCUCUUUCCAGUUAAUUGAUAGCUGCAAUCAUCAGAUGGAAACAUCUACCAUUUUUUGGCUUGCGCCCUCAAAGUGUCCUAAGCGAGAAAUUGAGGUGCUGGCAGGUUUUCGUGAAAAGCCCUCGACUCUUCAAGUAGAGCAAAACGUUGUCAAGCUUGGACAUAGUCCGCAGGCCUUGGAGUGUGACACCUCGGAUAGCCUGAGGUGUCAGCGGGCAUGGAUGCGUAGAGGCCUAGCUUACGAUCAGUGCAACAUGAUCUCGCAUGCCGUGCACCAAAAAUGGGUUCAGCGCUUGCUUGACUCCCUCUCUACCAUGCCACCGCCAGGGUACAGUGCUAUCAGCUUGUCGCAAUGCAUCCGUGCUGACAAGGAGCUCUUUGUGCUCAUGUCUCAGGAAAACCUUGCUAGCUUCAAGGCUGGAGCUGGUGGCGUCCUUCCGUUGGACACGCUUAUGAACAGGCUCACGUACGAUGUCCGGGUCAGCCAGUUUUUGCUCCCUUUGCCAAAAAGCAGUGCUGCCAGCAGUGGUGGGGAUGGUGGCCGAGCGCCUGGGUUAAAGCGCCCGAGGGGAAAGCCGCAGGGGCCGUCUGGCAAAGCAAAGGCCAAGGCAAGAACCCGUGGUGGCCCCAAGAACAAGCCGGCUAGCCUUGCAAACUUUGAUACUCGAUCCAAACAUG